AUGGUUGCAAAUGAAUUUAUACCUCACGUCUUUUAUCUUAAACAGACUCUAAUUUUCUCAUCCUACAGCUUCCAAAAUGGCUGCAGCAUCAACAAACACUUGCCUAUUUUCAGCAACUCGUUCUGCUUCUAAUAGUAAUGCAACUCCAUCUGUUUCAAAUAUAUAUGCUACAAGUUUUAUGGGAGCUCACUUGAGAAGAUGUUAUCCAACAUCGAGGAAACUAGUACGGAUUAGUGGGGGUAUAGUUGCAGCUGCUGUUGCAACUUCCCCUGCAGAGCAAGUCAAAGAAUACACACUUCCUACAUGGGCUAAAUUUGACCUUGGAAGAGCACCAGUCUAUUGGAAAACAAUGAAUGGUCUUCCUCCUACUGCAGGAGAGAGACUGAAGCUUUUCUACAAUCCAGCUGCAAACAAUAUGGUCCCUAAUGAAGAGUUUGGAAUUGCUUUUAAUGGAGGUUUCAAUCAGCCUAUCAUGUGUGGUGGUGAGCCUAGGGCAAUGCUGAUGAAAACUAGAGGAAAAGCAGAUCCUCCUAUUUAUACAAUUCAAAUAUGUAUCCCAAAGCAUGCCCUUAGUUUGAUCUUCUCAUUCACGAAUGGAACCGAAUGGGAUGGUCCCUAUAGACUACAAUUUCAAGUCCCUAAUGCUUGGCGAAAUAAACCAACCGAGUUCUUCACUGAGGGACUUGCAGGGGAGUUGAGUCAGGAAGGUGCGUGUGACAAGGCAAUUUUCCCGGACACGAAUGUAGUGAUCACAAGAUGUGCUAUGGUUGGUAACUUGUCUGUGGAAGGAGGUGAUCGUUGCGAUCUUGAUAUAGUACCAGGAUGCAUUGACCCAAGCUCUCCUUAUUUCAAUCCACUAGCCAAUGUUGAUGAUGGAUCUUGUCCACCAUAUUCAGAUGCUGAGGAUUAAUAACUUUCAGUACAUAUGACCAAUGUUCGUAGUCAUUCACACUAUUUUCCCUGGUUCCCUUGUGUGAUAAAGCAAACAUCUAGACUAAGUAAAGAGACACACUUAUGAAUCUCCAACCCUAUACUGUGGAUACUUAAAAUGACCAGUUAUAUACAAAAGUAGCAUCUGUACUGAUAUAUGGUGCAGAACCUUACACAACUUUGAUAAUUACCUGUUGGCAAUUUGGCAUAUAGCCGAAAAAGCUCUUGCUAGAUGA